AUGGCGACAUCAAAAUCUUCUUCUGUAUCUGGUCGACCUCUUGGAGAGCAGGCAAGAGAAAUUGUGUAUAAAGUUGCAGAACACUUGAAAGGAAUGAAGAAAGAACAUGAUUUGACAUUUAAUUUGGCCGAGGAAACAUCAACAGCUACAGGUAUUGGGCAAACCCUCGUAAAACAAAUUAUUCGUGAGGGAAAAAGAGCGAUUGAAAUCCGAGGACAGUUGACCUUUUCUACACCUACAGGCAAAAAGACUGAAAGAAAAAAAAGAAUUGAAGUUGAUGAUUUUACUAAAGCCGCUAUUAGAAGGAAAAUACAGGAAAUGUACAUCUUAAAAAAAGAAUUGCCUACUGUGAAGACACUCAUUUCAGCUCUUGAGGAAGCAGACAUUUUAACAUGUGGAAGGACGUACUUAAUAUCUGUGUUAAAACAAUUGGGCUUUAAAUGGGUUAGAUGCCAGUCUAGAAGAAAACUAUUGGUAGAAAUCCCUUCAACCGUUGAUUGGCGAAUUCGAUAUUUGAAAAAAAUUAAGAAAUGUAGAUCAGAAGGCUUUCCAAUUGUUUACAUCGACGAGACUUACGUUAAUGCGAACCAUACAGUAAGUAAAUGUUGGCAAAGUCCUGAGGAACCCGGCGUAACCAAGGCUGUUGGGAAAGGCGAACGGCUGAUAAUUGCACACGGUGGCGGUGAAAAUGGAUUUGUAAGGGACAGUUUGGCAAUUUUCAAAGCACAUCAAAAAACAGGCGAUUAUCAUGAGUCCAUGAACUAUGAAAAUUUCAAUAAAUGGCUUGAAAAACAACUGUUGCCGAAUCUUGAAGAACCAAGCGUUAUAGUGAUGGACAAUGCAAAAUACCAUUGCGUAGAGGAAGACAAAAAACCAACAAGUGGUUCUUUGAAGAAGAACAUUCAAGACUGGCUUCAUAAACACAACAUUGACUAUGACGAAAAUUUUACCAAAGUAGAACUUUUGAUGUUGGUGCAAAACGUCCAGAGGGAGCCGGUGUACAAAAUAGACCAGCUUAUUAACAAUUUUGGACAUCAAGUGCUGCGACUGCCACCAUAUCACCCCGACUUCAACCCCAUUGAGUUGGUAUGGGGAGCUAUAAAAGGACAGGUUGCUAAAGAUGUAGCUGCAAAGACAUUGGACCAAAAAAUGAGACUUUGUGACAGUCUGUUUACGUCAUACACUGCAGAAGAAUGGAAGAAAUGUUGUGAACAUGUCAAAAAGGUCGAACAAGAUUACUGGGAAAAAGACCAUAUAAUAGACAAUGAAAUCGACAGACUGAUAAUUUCAGUAAACCAAAAUGAAUCUGAGGAUGACAGUGAUAUCAGUGAUUUCAUUACCGAUUCGGAAUAG